CCCGACCAAUGCCGUCAGGUAAGUUACGCAAAUGCCUACGUUUCUGUCUCUCUCCUCAGCUUUUAUCCCUUUCUAAAUUUCGGGGACCAAAUAGAUGGAUGUGCACCUCACGGUGACGGUGGUUCAUUUACCGGUCCCGUUUACCUUUAGUUAAUCGACGGCGGCAACCCCUCCCAUCUCCACCACCCGGCAGAAGAAGAACAUAGUCUAUAAUGGAAGAACACAUGUCCAACCAUCACCGGCGUCAGUCGCUGACGACCAACACCCAAUUUCCCACAACCGCCGCCACCGGCGGUACAAGCACCAACAAGCGGCGCCUGGGAGGAGACGGUGAGGAUCAGGGGGAGUCGGCGGUGUGGAAGGCAUUCGAGAGAAACUUCGAGGAGGUUCAGUCGGCGUUGGAUCGGAACAGAGUAUUGAUUCAGCAGGUCAACGAGAAUCAUUGGUCAAGGAUCCACGAGAAUCUGGUGGAGAAUGUGAGUCUAAUCCAGGAGAUCAACGCAAACAUUUGCAAAGUCGUUUCUCUCUACUCUGGCUUCUCCGGCAAUUUUGCCGGUGCGUUUAGUCAGCAGAACGGAGCCGCCGCCGAUGGCCAGAACGGCGCCUAUAAGUCUUUUCCAUCAAUAUAGUGUUGCUUUUAUUGUUAUAGCAUUAAAUUGUUUGAAGUUCAUUACUGAUAGCUUUAUUUUCCAUUUUAGCAAUGUUUUCCAACCUUUCCUAUAUACUCGUAAGUAUUUUUUCUCUCAUUCUUUUCCUCUUUUGUCUCUGCUUUACUAUCCACG